AUCUGAACAAGGUUGCAAGAUUAGAUGAUGCGGUAGGAAGCACCACAGCUUGUUACAUCCCAACGAAACACAAAAACCAUCCAUCGAUUCGGAGAAGCCACAGGCAACACUGGUACAUCAACCGGAAUCGCAGGACAAUAAACCCCAGAUGGAAAGCGCAACCACGUUGUGCACCCAGAACAACAAUAAGAAGCGACAAGUACUUCUGUCUACAGCGGAGGUUUUGGUAUUAGGAAAAGGUGGCAUCACUGUCAAGUCUCGAGCGCUAUUAGAUUCCGGAUCUGAUAGCAACAUAAUCACAGAAAAACUAGCAUCCAAGCUGAACCUGCAACUGCAAAGGGUCGACCUUCCUAUUUGCGGCCUCAAUGAUAUCCAGACACGGGUUAAGUAUAUGGUUAGCACGAACAUCGCUUCGCGCAUUAAUUCUUUCUCUUCAUCUAUUCUAGACUUCCUGGUCGUACCAAAAGUAACAUCCAAUUUACCAGUCACUGAAGUCGAUUACCAAUCCUGGCCGCUACCAUCCAACAUAAAGCUAGCUGAUCCAUCGUUCUAUGCACCUGGCGAGAUUGAUUUAAUCAUCGGCAACGAAAUAUUCUUCGAUCUGCUUAAGAAGGGUCGCCUGCGGUUGAGCAAAAACGCGGCUACGCUAACAGAGACAGAGCUAGGAUGGGUCGUUGGAGGAACGGUACAGACCAGGAAGUCCAAAGAAUGUCUGCGAGUUUGUCAAUUGAACCACCAAGACGAGAUGCUGAACAAAACACUAAUACGAUUCUGGGAAAUCGAAAACGUUGGCGUAGAAUCGAACUUGACAGUUGCUGAAGCGAAGGUGGAAGAACACUUCGAGAAGACACAUACACGAGAAGCAAACGGGCGCUACACAGUUCGAUUGCCGUUUAAUGAUCGUAAGGAGCAAUUGGGUGAGUCAUUCGAAAUAGCCAACAAACGACUAGACAAGCUUUUAAUAUCGUUGGCCAAGAAUCCGGCAAAACGCGAACAAUACUUCGAGUUCAUGGCUGAAUAUCUUUCACUCGGCCAUAUGGAGGAGAUUCCAGAAGAUAACCAUUGUGGAUAUUACAUUCCACAUCACGCAGUGUUCAAGGCCACGAGUACCACAACAAAAAUACGCGUGGUAUUUGAUGCAUCGGCCAGCACUACAUCUGGAGUUUCUCUUAACGACACUCUCUGCGUGGGACCGACAGUCCAAAGUGACCUUCAAACCGUUAUUCUUCGAUUCUGCACACAUCCGGUGGUACUGACGGCAGACGUGCCGAAAAUGUAUCGCCAAGUUUGGCUUUGCAAGGAUGACCGAAAGUUCCAAAAAAUAUUGUGGGUUGAUGGAAAUGGCGUUCGCAAGGUGUACGAACUCAAAACAGUAACGUACGGGGUGGCCAGUUCACCGCAUCAUGCAACUAGAGCGCUUGUCCAGUUGGCAUCUGACGAAGGUAAGAAAUUUCCAUUGGCUGCACAAGUAAUACGGUACGACAGUUACAUUGAUGAUUUCCUAACUGGUGGAAAGUCAACAGAAGAAGUAGUGAAGCUUUAUCACGAAUUAUCGUCGUUGUUAGCGUUAGGAGGAUUUGGUCUCCACAAGUAUUGCUCGAAUGAUUCCGCAGUACUGCAGGCAAUACCAGAAAAUCUGCAAGAGAAAUUUGUUAGUUUCGUUGAUACUGGUAUCAAUAAUGCAAUAAGAACUCUGGGCCUCAUUUGGAAUCCGCUGGAGGAUUAUUUUACAUUCUUUGUCCAGCCGAUUGGUGAACAUGUAUCGUCGACUAAGCGAAUGGUCUUAUCGGAUAUCGGUCGCUUAUUUGACCCUCUGGGGUUCUUGGGACCAAUUCUAACAGCAGCCAAGUUGGUGAUGCAAGAUAUAUGGCGUCUUGGUAUGGAUUGGGACGAGGAUCUUCCGGAAGAGUUGCUGCAAAAAUGGUCUACGCUCAGAAAACAACUGCCUGUCGUUAACGAAAUGCAAAAGUAUCGCUGUUUGAUUCCCAAAAACGCUGUACGAGUAGAGCUGCAUGGAUUUUCGGACGCUUCGAUGCGGGCCUAUGGAGCGGUUCUGUAUACCAGAUGUAUUACUGCAGAUGGUUUGAUCAGUGUGAAUCUUGUUGCAAGCAAAUCUAGAGUGGCUCCACUAAAAUCUAUGACAAUCCCACGGCUGGAACUGUGUGCAGCAAAACUUUUGGCUGACUUGACAACGAAAGCGAUUGCUUCGAUGCAAAUUCAAUUUGACAACGUAACGUUAUGGUGUGAUAGCUCUAUCGUGCUAUGCUGGCUUAAAAAGUCGCCGUCGGCAUUAAAUCAAUUCGUAUCAAAUCGUGUUGCAUCAAUUGUGGAGUUGACACGGUGUUACCAUUGGAACUAUAUCCGAUCAGAAAGCAAUCCGGCCGACGUGAUCUCAAGAGGCGCAUUGCCCAUCGACUUAUUGAGCAACGAACUCUGGUGGAAAGAACUGAAGGCAGCAACAGUAUUUGCACUCAUUAUGGAGGGUACAUGCAUCAGAUUAGAUCGUUUAAGCGACUACCGUAAAUUGCAACGAGCGUGGGUAUAUGUCCUAAGAUUCAUCGAUUACAUAACACACAAGAGGCUUGUUGUUACAAGCAUCAAUGCUAGUGAAGUUGCAAACGCAGAACGGGCUAUUUUCCUAGUGAUGCAGAAGGAAGUGUUUGGUGAUUUAUUGAAGGAGCUGAAUGCUAAAUCAAACAAACGGCAUUGUUUUUCCAAUUUGGCUCCAUUCAUGGGACAGGAUGGACUAAUAAGAGUUGGCGGUCGGCUGAAAUAUUCCGCCAUCCCAUACGACGGGAAGCACCAAGUACUAUUACCCGAAAAGCAUCACGUCACGGUGGUGUUGGUCCGAAAACUACACGAAGAGAAUUUCCAUGUUGGACAAAGUGGAUUGCUAUCAAUAGUCCGUGAACGUUAUUGGCCCAUACGAGCGAAGUCCAUCAUUAAGCGGAUUAUUUCUCAAUGUCAAAUAUGUGCGAAACAUCGACCUACUAUUUGCAAGCAGCUAAUGGGCAGUCUUCCGAAGCCACGUGUCAACCCUGCUCCAGUAUUCUCACGGGUCGGUAUUGAUUACGCCGGACCGUUUCUACUUAAGCCAGAAGGAAGAAGCACAAAAACAUUCAAGGGAUACGUUGUCGUCUUUGUCUGUAUGGCUGUGAAGGCGAUACAUUUUGAGAUAGUUUCAAACUUAACAUCGGACAAUUUCAUUGCUGCAUUACAUCGUUUUGCGAGUCGACGUGGGGUUCCGUCUGAUGUGUAUUCCGACAACGGGACCUCUUUUGUUGGAGCAAAUCACGAGCUUGCUGCAUUGCGAGGUUUGUUUGAGAAUCAACAUCAUCGCCUUAAGUUGGAUGAAUUCUGCUCGGUGAAAGGAGUCACAUGGCACUUUAUCCCACCCCGAAGUCCUCACUUCGGUGGAAUUUGGGAAGCAGGGGUGAAGUCGCUAAAGUACCACAUGAAGCGGGUUAUCGGUGAGACCAGAUUGACGACAGAGGAAAUGAAUACUUUUCUGGCUCAAACUGAGGCGAUUCUAAAUUCGCGACCCUUGGUCGCUAUGUCAGAGGAUCCAAGUGAUAUAUCGGUGCUUACACCUUCACAUUUUCUGAUUGGUCGAUCAGCAGUUGCUCUACCAGAGCCAUCAUACGAAGACGAGAAGAUCGGACGUUUAUCUCGAUGGCAACACAUCCAGCUGAUGCAGCAGCACUUUUGGCGUAGGUGGUCUAAGGAGUACCUUCAUCAACUCCAGGGCCGUCAGAAGUGGCACGAUGGCCUAAAACAAUUUGCAAUUGGUGCGUUGGUGCUACUGGUCGACGAGAAUUUACCACCACAACAUUGGCGACGUGGACGUAUAGUGGCAACCCAUCCAGGUGACGACGGUGCCGUUAGGGUAGUUACGGUGCGAACAGCGACGAGCGAGUACAAGCGAGCGGUGACUAAAAUUGCUCUACUGCCUUCUGUUGAGCCAGAGGUCUCAACGGGGGGAGAAUGAAUGGUUGCAAUACGAAAGAAAUGAGUAUGCGAAAUUUUGUGUGUAUAAAUUCAUCCUUUUUAUUACAUCAUUCGGCAACACUGUAUCGAACUAAAAAGAGAAAUAAAGUUAGCGUAAAACACGACGGACGUAGUUUUCAAUCUCUCGCAUAAUCCAUCAAAUUCCAAGUCGCGUGUGAACCGUUUUGAGCUAUCGUGGGACAUUUAGUAAAAUCUC